GGCGGUGGCUGCUCGGGCCUGACAAGCGAGUCGCUAUUGGUCCUGCCCUCCACCAGGCCAGGAGAGGAACCGGUUGGGAGACUUCGCUGCGAACCAAAGGGCGGCGGAAGAGCGUCUCGCAGUGCUGCCUCCGGUGCGCUUCUGGCAACUUAAGGGAGCCGCUCAUCUGGUCAGAAGCGCAGCUGCUAGGAAGUCUUUCAGAUUUUCACCAUGGAACAACUGGCUAAGGCAAACAUACAUUUUGGUCUGGACCUCUUCCAAAAAUUGAAUGAAGCCAACCCAACAGGCAAUAUCUUCUUUUCCCCAUUUAGCAUAUCCUCUGCAUUCGCCAUGCUCUCAUUAGGGGCCAGAGCGAACACAGCAACCGAACUCUCAAAGACAUUUCACUUUGAUGCUGUUGAAGAUCUUCAUUCACGAUUUCAGGCACUCAGUACUGAUGUUAAAAGGUGUGAUGCGUCCUAUGUACUGAAACUUGCUAAUAGGCUGUAUGGAGAAAAUACCUAUUCCUUUUUGCAAGAUUUCUUGACUAGCACUCAGAAGCUGUAUGGAGCUGAGCUAUCCUCAGUGGAUUUUCUAAAUGCCUCAGAUGAAGCACGAAAACAAAUUAACCAGUGGGUUGAGAAACAGACUGAAGGUAAAAUCCCUGAGUUGUUAUCUGAAGGUUCAGUUAAUGAACUAACCAAACUGGUUCUGGUCAACGCCAUCUAUUUUAAAGGCAGUUGGGAAGAGAAAUUUCAGGAGGCAGACACGGAGGAUUUGCCUUUUAGACUCAACAAGAAGGAAAAGAAGAAUGUGAAAAUGAUGUUCAUGAAAAAGAAGUUUCCUUUUCGGUACAUCCAUGAAUGUAAGUGCCGUGUGCUGGAACUUCCUUACAAGGGAAAAGAACUUAGCAUGAUAAUCCUCCUGCCUGAUGACAUUGAGGAUAAUUCCACUGGCCUGGAACAGUUGGAGAAGCAGCUCACCUUAGAAAAGCUUCAAGAAUGGACACAUCCAGGGAAGAUGUAUUCAAACAAUGAUGUGUACGUGCAUCUGCCUAAAUUUAAGCUUGAAGAGACUUAUGAUCUUAAAUCUCAUUUAGUUGCACUGGGAGUGAUGGAUGUCUUUGAUAGUGGCAAGGCCGAUUUGUCUGGAAUGUCAGGUGCCCAAGACCUCCACGUGUCCAAAAUUGUUCACAAGUCAUUUAUAGAAGUGAAUGAAGAGGGCACAGAAGCAGCAGCAGCAACAGCAAUGAUAGCUAUGCUCUGUAGUAUUCCUAGGGAAGAGGAUUUCAAUGCUGACCAUCCCUUCCUGUUUUUAAUCCGUCAUAACCCUACGCAAAGCAUAUUUUUCUUUGGCAGAUUUGCUUCUCCGUGAAAACUAAAAUGAAUCUCAGGAACACAUACCAGCCAUUACAGCGACUCCCAUCAAGCACAAUGUUGUUUCUUUCCCUGUUUGGGAAAAAGCUGUUGUGGGAGAAAACUGGUUCCUGGGACAGAAAGCUUUGAAGAUGCUUUAACUAAAUCUCUGAUUUGAUUUCCCUCCUGGAUUCUCUUGUACUGCUUUGCUAGUUCUAUCAGUGUUUUAAACCGAAAUGCUACUGUACACUCUUUCUUCUAAAAUCAUUCAGAUAUUGAUUGUUUUAAUAAACUUUGCUAUUUGAAGAAA